UGGCAGUGUUACCAACUUCUAGGUUUUUCAAUAGCUUGUAGUUACUGGCUACAAACAGCAGACAGGGGCCUUAUAACCACUAGAGUUCACAAGGCAGAGCAAAAUCCAAUAUUCAUAGUACAUAUAACUUAAACCUUUUAAACCAAAAAUUUUAAAACCCUAGAGAACGAAGAAAAUAUAAUGGAGAUUACACUAACAAAUCCAUGGAAAUUCCAUAUAGCUACUUCACUACCACACCUCUUAAACCCCCCCAAAAGACCAUCACUUUCUCUUUUCACAGUUAGAUGCUCUUCUUCUCCUCUCUACUCUGAUGGUGCUGCCACUGGUUUGGCAGAGAGGCCUUGGAAAACGUCAGAUGCUAGACUCGUUCUUGAAGAUGGGUCAAUUUGGAAAGCCAAGUCUUUUGGUGCUAGAGGAACCCAAGUUGGUGAAGUUGUAUUCAAUACUUCUUUGACGGGGUAUCAAGAAAUUCUUACAGAUCCUAGUUAUGCUGGGCAGUUUGUCCUGAUGACAAAUCCUCAUAUAGGGAACACUGGUGUAAAUUUUGGUGAUGAAGAAUCAACACAAUGUUUUCUUGCUGGUCUGGUAAUCAGGAGUUUAAGUAUUGGUACUUCAAAUUGGAGAUGCACCAAAACACUUGGAGAUUAUUUGGCAGAAAGAAACAUCAUGGGAAUAUAUGAUGUUGACACACGUGCAAUCACUCGUAGAUUGAGGGAAGAUGGAAGCCUUAUUGGUGUCCUGAGCACGGAAGAUUCCAAGACAGAUGAGGAACUUCUGAAGAUGUCUCGUUCAUGGGAUAUCGUAGGUGUUGAUUUAAUAAGUGAUGUUUCAUGCACUGCCCCUUACAAAUGGGUUGAUCCAACAAACUCUGAAUGGGAUUUUAACUCGAAUGGGAGAGAAGGAGAGGUUUUCCAUGUUGUUGCAUAUGAUUUUGGGAUCAAGCACAAUAUUCUGAGGCGCCUAGCAUCUUAUGGCUGUAAAAUCACCGUGGUUCCCUCUAAAUGGCCAGCAUUAGAAACUCUGAAGUUGAAGCCCGAUGGAGUUCUUUUCAGUAAUGGCCCUGGAGAUCCAUCUGCAGUUCCUUAUGCUGUUGAAACAGUAAAAGAAUUACUAGGAAAGGUUCCUGUUUUUGGAAUUUGCAUGGGUCAUCAGUUGCUUGGCCAAGCAUUGGGUGGUAAAACCUUUAAAAUGAAGUUUGGCCACCAUGGAGGAAAUCAUCCAGUUCGUAAUGUUCGGCACAACCGCGUUGAGAUUAGUGCCCAGAAUCACAACUAUGCAGUUGACCCAGCAUCACUUCCUGAAGGUGUGGAAGUGACUCACAUUAAUCUGAAUGAUGGAAGCUGUGCUGGUCUUGCUUAUCCUGUGCUGAACAUCAUGUCGCUUCAAUACCACCCCGAGGCUUCCCCAGGCCCUCAUGAUUCAGAUACUGUUUUCGGGGAAUUUGUAAAUCUAAUGAAGCAAGUCAAACAAAAAGCUUAGACAACCUUGAAGGUGGUGGCCCUGUUUAUCUGGUUAUGGAAUUAAUAUUCGCUGGUAAUGGUCUCUUGCUUGAAGGUGAGCGUUGCCAUUAUUUCGAAAACCUUGACGUCAGCUAAUCCAUGCAGAUCGAACUAAGCAGCAGCAUCUUCUUCUUGUAGUCUAUUUGGGUGGCUGUGGGUGGAAUAGUUUAAGAUGGUUUAUAAAUAUUGCUCCCAUUGUCUUCCAUUCUUGCAGUGUAGCUGUUUCGGAUUUGCUCAGAUGCUCUUAUGUAGUGUCAUUUUUAUGAACUGUAUGUAGUUUGUUAUAGUUGCAUCAGGAAUCCUGUUAGACAGCAGUACUGUAGAAUAUGGAUUGUUGUGAACAUGAUGAUGUUCAUUGGAGUGUGACUCGGCUGAUUAUAGUC